AUGGAUGUGACCAUAUCUCAGCUCAUCUUAGAAGAAUUUGAUGUCAACUGCAGCCUCCUGGAUCGUUUACAAGAGACUUUUUUAGAGAGUUCCUCUAUCCCUUUCCUGGGCUUUGAUGGUCCGUACUGCAAUGCCACAACGGAUCAGAUCGGGACCUGCUGGCCCAGAACCUCCGCGGGGGAACUAGUAGAGAGACCCUGCCCAGAGUUCUUCAAUGGGAUCAAAUACAACACCACAAGAAAUGCCUACAGAGAAUGCCUGGGCAAUGGGACAUGGGCUUCCAAGAUAAACUACUCUCAGUGCGAGCCUAUUCUGGACGACAAGAGGAAGUAUGCGCUCCAUUACAAGAUUGCUCUCAUCAUAAACUACCUGGGGCACUGUAUAUCAGUAGGGGCCCUUAUAGUUGCCUUUAUGCUUUUCUUGUGCUUGAGGAGUAUUAGAUGCCUGCGGAAUAUUAUCCACUGGAACUUGAUCACCACAUUCAUCCUGAGGAAUGUGAUGUGGUUUCUGCUUCAAAUGAUAGAUCACAACAUACAUGAAAGCAAUGAACCCUGGUGUCGAUGUAUUACCACUGUCUACAAUUAUUUUGUGGUGACCAACUUCUUCUGGAUGUUUGUGGAAGGCUGCUACUUACACACGGCUAUAGUGAUGACUUAUUCCACAGAUAAGCUGCGGAAAUGGGUCUUUCUCUUCAUAGGAUGGUGUAUUCCUUGCCCAAUCAUCAUUGCCUGGGCCAUUGGCAAACUAUAUUAUGAAAAUGAACAAUGCUGGUUUGGAAAAGAGCCUGGGAAAUAUAUCGACUACAUAUAUCAAGGGCCAGUGAUUCUUGUUCUUCUGAUAAAUUUUGUAUUUCUAUUUAACAUAGUUAGGAUUUUAAUGACAAAGCUGAGAGCUUCAACCACUUCGGAAACAAUACAGUACAGGAAGGCAGUCAAGGCAACAUUAGUUCUUCUGCCUCUGCUAGGCAUCACCUAUAUGCUUUUCUUUGUCAACCCUGGUGAAGAUGACAUUUCCCAGAUCGUCUUCAUCUAUUUCAAUUCCUUCCUGCAGUCUUUUCAGGGCUUCUUUGUGUCAGUAUUUUACUGCUUCUUGAAUGGUGAGGUCCGUUCUGCUGCCAGGAAAAGAUGGCACCGCUGGCAAGACCAUCACUCCCUCCGAGUGCGUGUGGCACGUGCCAUGUCUAUCCCCACCUCUCCGACACGAAUCAGCUUCCAUAGCAUCAAACAGACGGCAGCUGUGUGAUAUGCCCUGCACACACACACACCACUUGGUGGC